UCUGAAGCAUUGUGCUGUAAAAAAUAAAUAAAUAAAUAAAUCAGCAAUAUAAAUAACAGGAAUGUUUUGGGUAGGGCACUAAUGGACCACAUUUCCCAUGAUGCCUUUCGGCUGUGACGAACAGACCGGGAGGAGCUUUCGUAUUUUUUUUUUUUUUACGCUCCAUAUUUUUUUAUUUACCAUAGUUCUUUAUUUAUUUGAUUUAGGGGAGCAGGAGCAGAGUGCGAUGGCGUCGGGGUGCUGAGCGAGCUGGUCUGGACUCACUGGGACAGUAGGAGACAGAUUUAAUAUUCAUACACGCACAGCAGAGGAGCACAAUAGGACAGAGCGAACAAAAGAGUUUAUCCGUUUACGCUGUUCUCUCUUUCAGGUCAGCGGACCGUGUGGGAGUCAUAAGCGCUGGACACUGGCCUCAGCAGAGCUCGUGUGGUCUGUGGAUGUGAUCAUGGAUGCUGGAGUCGGUGAUUGGUGUUUAAACGAGUCACUCAUGUAAACCUGUGAAAACAGCAGGAAAGUGGAGCGGAGAAACAAGGAAGCGCUCUCUCUCAUUGUGUCCAUCUGUCGCCAGAAAACAUCACUCUAAUGCUCGAUCAAGGAGUACGCGACUCCACGCGAGCAGGUGAGUCGUGUGUCUGUGACUGUGUGGCUCAGCUUCGCCAGAUCAGGACAGUUAGUGAAGCCCUGCUAAGUGCUGCUAACCCUGCUAGCCCCUGCUAGCUGCUGCUUCCGGCGGCUCUGCGGCGCUUCCGCUGCUUCAUCGCUGCGCGUUGGGCUCCAGAUCAGAUGCUUUUCUGUGAAGGCACGAGUGUCUGUGGAGCUGAGGCGACUGACUGCUGCUGGUUAGCUGUAGAUACACAACACAUGUAAACACGUUGAAUGCAGAGGGGAUGUCUGGCAGUAAGGUGCUGGGGGGGGCGCGGCGGCGGCGGACACGGUGCCGGCGCUGUCAGGCGUGUCUGCGGACCGAGUGCGGUGAGUGCCACUUCUGCAAGGACAUGAAGAAGUUCGGUGGACCGGGCCGGAUGAAGCAGUCCUGUCUGCUGCGGCAGUGCACUGCACCGGUGUUGCCGCACACAGCCGUGUGUUUCGCUUGCGGAGAAGCGGGGAAGGAGGACACGGUGGAGUCGGAGGAGGAGAAGUUCAGCCUCUCGCUCAUGGAGUGCACCAUCUGCAACGAGAUCAUCCACCCCAGCUGCCUCAAGAUGGGCAAGUCUGAAGGCAUUAUUAAUGAUGAGAUCCCAAACUGCUGGGAAUGUCCAAAGUGCCACAAGGAGGGAAAGACCAGUAAGGAUCAAGGAGAUGGUUUGGGGAAGAGGCGCAUGGACAAUGGGGAGGUGAGUCGCUGGAAGCUGACGGAUGAGCCGCCUCCCAGUAAGAAGAAGAGCCUGUCUCUGGAAGACGGAGCCAGACGCAAGAAGGACAAGGAGCUUCCCCAGGAGAGCGGCUCCAGAAAGAAGAUCAAAGCUGCCCGUGAUAAACACCUGAAGAAGCAGAAAGCCAAACCCAACUCCUCGGAUUCUUCUGAAGCGAACGGGCCGAACUCUUCUCUGGGUGGUGGACACGGCUCUGCUGGAGGCUCCGGCGCGGCGCAGCCCUCGACCCCGAGCCAGGACCAGCGCUCGCAUCACCGCGAGAAGCUAGAGCGCUUCAAACGCAUGUGUCAGCUCCUGGAGCGAGUGCGCGACUCCAGCUCCUCGUCCUCCUCCAGCUCCGAAAGCGGCUCGGAGUCAGACUCGGACUCUCCAUCUCCUGCCGCCGCCUCAGAACCUCCCUCUCCAGCUGCUGUGUACAGUGGCAGCAUGCGAGAGCGGAACCGGCGUCUGGCCGAACUGGGCUUCAGUGCCAGUGAGGAUUCUGACGGCGAGAGCGCAGCAGCAGACAGAGGAGAGGUGAAUGCCCGGGUGCGUAGAGCGGUGGUGGACGCUGAAGCAGAUGACGAUGAGGACAGAGCAGGGGAUCGGGGUCACAGGGUCAGUGCCGCGGACCCGUCCUCACCGCUGUCCGCUACACAGCUGCCGCCCUUCGGACAUGGACACUUAGCAGGCCUGUCCUCAUCCAAGCGCACUAACGGCCAGGACGCUCGCAACGGCCGCACGCGAGUGGCUGGCAGAGAGCUGCAGGAGAAGGAGAACUCCAGCAGCAGUACUGUCACCAAUCACCGGCACACUGCUGUAAAGACUGCUCGUGGUAGCAGAAUGCGAGGAGGAAGCCGGCAGGGCCAGAGCAUUCCCUCAAGCAAGAGCACAGGUACAGCAGCAGCCGGCUCUGGGACUGCGAACGGAAACAGUGGCACCUCUAACCCGGGGAGCAUGUCUCUGGCUCCGCAUCGCUCGCAGCUGGUGAAGAGGAGUGCUGUGGCCGUGCCCUCGCCGCCGCGGCCGCUGCAGAUGGAGCGACACCUGGUGCGACCCCCGCCGGCCUGCCCCGAGCCACACUGCCUGCCGCUGGACAGCGGAGCCUCACACGUGCUGCCCCGGGACGUCUGGCUCCAUGUCUUCCAGCACCUCAGUCAGCCGCAGCUGUGUGUCUGCAUGCGUGUGUGCCGCACCUGGAGCCGCUGGUGCUGUGAUAAGAGGUUAUGGACUCAGAUCGAUCUGAGCCGCCAGCGCUCUAUAACUCCUCCAAUGCUGAGCAGUAUAAUCCGUCGACAGCCUGUGUCUCUCAACCUGGGUUACACCAACAUCUCCAAGAAACAGCUCAUGUGGCUCAUUAACCGUCUGCAAGGGCUGCUGGAGCUGAACGUGGCGGGCUGCUCGUGGUCCUCGGUCUCAGCGCUCUGUCAGUCGGUGUGUCCCUGUCUGCGGCUGCUGGACCUCAGCUGGGUGGAGGAUCUGAAAGACUCACAUCUGAGGGAGCUGCUGGCCCCGCCGAGCAACGACACACGCUCAGCUCACGGAGAGAACCGCGGCGGGCGAUUCCAGAACGUGGCGGAGCUGCGUCUGGCGGGCCUGGAGGUGACUGACGCCGUGUCACGCCUGCUAGUGCGCUAUCUUCCUCACCUGAGCAAGCUGGACCUCGGUCAGUGCUGCCACAUCACAGACCAGAGCAUCCACACGCUGACCUCUGCCAUAUCCCCGCUGCGAGAGAGCCUCACGCACGUCAGCCUUGCAGGCUGCGUGAAGGUGACGGAGCAGUGUCUGCCGCUGCUGCGCCGCUGUGCCUCGCUGCAGAGUGUGGACCUGCGCUCCUGCGGCCUGCUCGCUCCAGACGUCUGCCAGCUGCACUGCUUCCCCUCGGCCGAAGACAGACUCCUGCUCAAGAACAGCUAGACUCCUGCCCACAACAACACUACCGCAAGAGACUCGCAGCACAGCAUCAGAGGAAACAGCAUUUCUAAAUCACAGACACUUGGCUGUUUUUUGUUCUGUUCUGUUCUGUUCUGUUCUGUUUUGUUUUCUGGAUCAACCAUUUGUGAAUGGAGACAUCAGUUCCAUCUAGAUAUCCCGUAACAGUAAUGAGUGUGUGUACAGAUUAGUAGUUUGCUGUAAAUGACCCCUCCUGACCCUAGCACUGAACACUUGAGUGCAAGACGAUGCCGAAUGUAUGCUACUGUGGGGAGGUCAUCUCAAACACAGCCAUGCUAGUCAGGAGAAGGGUUCACCCCGAAUCAAAACAGAUUUGAGUUGUUUGGUCUUUUUUAGCAUAAAUAAAAUAAAGCCCACUUUGGGACCAUUAAGACUUUUUCUGCAUUAUGACAUGAUUUCAUUCCCGGCAGGCACAUUUAACCCCCAAGUCCUUAUGACUAUAAAAACAGUAAUCUUCAACAACAUUUGACAUUAGAUUUGAGUCCUCGCUGUUGUCAGAGGUGAUUGUCAUGAGGUUCAGAAUCAGGAGGAAAACUGCUUAAUUU